AGACAAGGUCCCUAGUGCACUACGGUUGGAGAUAAGAGGCUUGGACGAAUCCUGUGACGUCCUUAUCGUAUAGCAUUGUGAAUUGGCUCGCUUAUCCGUCCAACUUAUUAUUUAUUCUUCACUUUUACUCCAGUGCAAAUAGAGGAGGCCCUUUGUCAUUAUGGCUGCCGACGGGUCAAGAUGGCUGCGCAAAGCGACUGACUUGGAACGCAUGUUUGAAAUUGGGCAUCAGAUGCAGGUGUAUUUGACCCAUUAUACUCUCGACCUUGCCUCUGCGGAGCCGUUGGAUGAAGCUUUCUUCAGAAAGGCUUUGACACACCUGUACAGGAAAGUCCCAGUCUUGAGAGUGUGCCUCCGGGAGAGGGACUCGGAACUCUGGCUGCUGGAAAUGGAGAAGUGCAUCAUUGAUCUGCAGAUCGCAAAGGAUGUGUUAUUGAAGGAGGAGCUGGACAAGAUGACUCUUCAUACUUACAAUUCGGAGGAGGGUGGGUCUUGUGGUGUGUCAGAGUCCUGCCUCUGGGAAGGAAAUCCACGCUUUGAUAUGGGAUACAUUCACUCCAUAGCUGAUGGAACUACUAACGUGAAAAUAUGCAAUUUACUCUGUAACAUUGUGAACGACCUAAUGGGUGGUUUAAUGAUCGACGAUGAAGAGCAGUUGGGUGACAUCACCGGAGAUGCAGAAGUAUUGAAAUUAUAUGAUGAAGAAGUUGCCAGAUUAAAAGAGAACCCUGAACUGGGCGCCGAAAUAAAGAGAGAACUCGACGAAGGCGCAAAAGUUCGUCCGUUGAUCCGGCAUAUUUGUAAGGUCCCAUCAGAUGUGCCUGUCAUGACUAAAAGUGUCACAGCCAUUUUUAGCUCUGAGAUAUCAGACAGAUUCUACAGGAAGGCGAAGUUAAAGGGAGUCAGCCUUCACUCAGCACUUGCGACUCUUAUCAACCUUAGUUUUGUUAAACUAUUACAAGAGCAUGGCAUCAAUCAGGAUGAAUAUAAUCUGAGAGCUGGACACGAUAUCAACAUCAGGAGAUACUACGACUCGGAGAAGUCAGCGAGAGCUCUCGGCGUCCACGGACCACAGUAUGGAUACAGAUCUUCGUUCUGGGCGCCAAGAGACUUGGUUCCUGUGUUCUGGGAGACUGCCAAGGAAUUCAACACAAGGUUUCACGCAGAUAUAUCGUCACGAAAGGUGUUAACGGUGUCAGCGUACCGAAUGAGGAAUGAAAACACAAGCCAGAAUUUCAGAGAAAUGUUUAGGACAGACGGGGAGCCAAAUUACUACUACACCAUAUCGAACAUGGGGAAUCUGUCUGGGGCAUUAUUCGAAGGGGGCCAGUAUGUCGCUCUGAAGAAACUCACGAGGUUCUCUUCUCUUAGGAAUGGGAACUCUUUCAUGUGCAUCUAUAUCCAUACAUUUAGAAACCAGUUGAAUCUGACAUAUGCUUAUUCUUCAAGGUUCUUAUCACAUGACACUGUUGAAAGGCUUGCAGACCUGUUUGAGAUUAACCUGCCGUUAGUUUGUGAUAUUUGAAUGAGGGGUUUCUUCCUGAAGCCUUAGACAUUGCUUAAUAGAAUAAAAAAAUUUUAUAUAUGAGAAAAACAGUGGUACAAUGAAAGUUAUUUAUUUUCAUGCAGAAGUCCUUAUGUUAAAGGUUUAUUUUUUUAUUAAUCCUUUGGGUAUUAAUACUACAUUUUUUAUUAGCGUGGGUAUGAAUGAAUGAUUUUGAGUUAUCUGGCAUCGUGACAACUGGGUAUAUCAUGGCUAUGAAAUUAUUUUCGUCUAAGAUGUGAAAACGUGGAGAAACCAUGUAAGAUACACUAAUUAAAAAAAACGCUGAGAAUUA